AUGAAAACCAAGUUAACUGUGGCUGGUGAUGAAGGGAACAAAAAAGCCACUGCCACGGUUCAGAAACAAUAUGCGGGGGGCAAAGGGUACAAAGUGAAACGGCCAGCGACAACAUUGUUGAGUCCAUUCACCGAUCCCUACAGGAAAAAGAGGACGCUAACUGAUUUAGAUGCACCGGCACCCGAGGCUCAUUUUGAUCCAACAAAACCCGUGGCCAUGGACGAUGUGAAUGCAGUAAUACAGGUUUGCAGGGCUUGGCAAAGUGACAUCAGUGCGGAGCUCGAGCUUGAACCAUUUGUAGUUGGGGCAGAUUUUUUUUACAAACUUGUAGAUGAAACUGCAUGGAUGAGUUCGAGGCAAUUUUUACAGCCGUUGAUAAAGCCUCGUACGAAACGAGUUACGAGGACACAAGCUGCUUCAAGGACCGUUGACCCUCCACCUAACUACGUCAGAAAUAUACAACACUUUGUCGACGGUACCUGGCAACAUGGGUAUGCGCAAGCUUGGACAAAACUGCGCAAGGUCUAUGUCCCAUAUAAUGUUCAACAGUGCCAUUGGGUGGCUGUAGAAAUCGACCUUGUCCAACAUACUGUCACUGUGUAUGACUCAUAUACUGCUUUUACCUCCAACAUGAUGCUUGGUAGAUAUAUGGAGCCUAUUACCCAUACGCUUGCACAAGUGCUUUACGAAAUGCGGUUUUAUGAGAAAUCGGAGGUUGAAGCGGUAAACAAAAAGGGGAUUGACAUGUCCAAGUUUACUCCUUUCACAAUUUGCAGAAUUUCAGAUGUUCCUCAACAAACUGAUGGGCAAGCUGUGUUCAUUUAA